AUACUGCUUCUCUUUCGAUUCAACACCAGUGAGGGGAAAUUAAAUAGCUAACCUUAACUGUAUAGGAUAACCCAGCCUAAAGAAAGCAGAUAUAUAUAAUAUAUAAGCAUAUUGUUGGGAAGAGUGAAGCUUAAAGAAAAAAAUCAAACGGCGUAUUGAAAGCAUUGAAAGGGAAUGGCAGAGACUAUGGGAAAUGAGACCAACGCUGGCAGUUCGGUUUGUGGCCGUUAGAUGGACGUCUACCAACAUUUCCAUGGCAACUACUGUGGUAAACAGUAACGUUAGCUAGCUAGCUAGUUGUUUUCAUAGCUGUGGAAGACAAAAAGCCCACAGCCUCCAGUUUUGGCAAUGGAGACAAUAUGUCUCGAUAAAUCAGCUUUACAAGCAGUGGAUGACUACUGGGAGUACAGAAGGAUUGUGGGUGAUGAUGAUGGAGGAAAACUGUUCACUCCAGAGGAAUAUGAGGAGUACAAGAGGAAGGUUCUCCCUCAACGAGUGAAAAACAGGCUGUAUGUCAGCUUUGGGGUUGCAGGAGGUAUCGACUGCAAACUCAUUGGUCCUGAGACACAGUGCUUCUGUACACACAGAUAUAAGCAACAUAAGACCGACUUUGAAGUGGUUCCCUCUGAACGACCCCUGGCCCUACCAUGCCAGGUCAGAGGAUGUCAUUGUUCUGCCUACCAGUAUGUUCCCCGGAUGGGGCCAACCCCUGUCCGCUGUGGGUGUAAACACUAUCCUCAGGAUCACAGUGAAGCUACUGGCAACUUGUGCAAAAAGUGCAGGUCCUGUUCUGGAUUCAAGAGUCCCUACAUCUGUGGGUGUGGCCAGCCUAGCUCUGCCCAUCAGACCCUAGUUGAGACAAAACUAGAGAGGGAGGCACGUGGUAGGCCCAUAGGCAGGGAUGUCCCUUAUGCUGCCAUGGGCGGGCUCACAGGUUUCAGCUCCUUGUUGGAUGGUUACCUCGCUUUGGAAGACAGCAGCUCAGAUCAAGACAGAGAAGAUGGCUGCCAGCAGAGAUGCUCCGCAUCAAGCAUCAAAGAAACGUCUACUAAAGCACCUAGCUCUAUUCAUUGUAAGAGAGCGACCAAAAAACAGUGAAAUGCAACCAUCUUCUCAGAGUCCAACUGUCAAACCAUCCAUUAAAUAAAUACUGGACAACAUUUACAAUAUCUAAUAAAUCAUACAUAUCUUCUGAUCUGUCA